UCUUUUCCUCCUUCCUCAUUUUCCUUCCUACGUUCUUUGUUUUCUAAUACCCCAUUAUUCCGUCCGAAAUAACCUCAAGCAAAUUUUACCAAACCAUGAUCACCGAACGCAGUGCUGGAAAAUCCGUUCCAACGGUCCUGAUCGUCGGAGGUGGAUUAGGAGGACUCAUGCUGGCAACCCUGCUCGAACGAUGCAAUGUCCCAUACCACGUCUUUGAGCGCGCCUUGGAGCUUCGCGCUCUCGGCUCUGCAAUGACUCUUGGCGCGACGAUCCUGCCUGUGUUCGAGCAGCUGGGCCUGUAUGAAGAGAUCCAAAAAAUGUCUCUGACUUUCAGUCAGGUCGACAUGUACACUACUGCCAAAACGGCAAAGAAACUCGGAUCUAUUGACAUGGGAAGCUGGAUGACCGACAUAGGAUAUGACAGCCUAAUCUUCCCGCGUCCCAAACUCUACGAGCUCCUGCUAAAACAAGUUCCACCCGAGAAGAUCAGUCUCGGUAAAAAGGUUCUGCGAACAGAAACAAAGGAAGGAAAGAUCCAUAUCUACUGCGCCGAUAACACGACAUAUGAAGGCGAUCUUCUUGUCGGAUCCGACGGCGCCUACAGUGGGGUCCGCCAAAGCCUUUUCAAGCAGAUGAUGGAAGAGGGCGUGUUGCCGAAAAUCGAUCAGGAGAAUUUGUCAAUCGGAUACGUGAGCAUGGUCGGCGUAGCUACUGCAAUGGACCCAGAGAAGUAUCCGCAACUCAAGGACAACUUUUGUCAUUUUUCUCAAGUUCUGGGAGAGGACACACGAAGUUGGGGCAUUUGCAGCAUGGCCAACAAUCAAGUAGGAUGGUUGUUAAGUUACCAGGUCUCGGAGAUGGAAGGCAAGGAACAGCAUUUCCGCAAUUCCGAGUGGGGACCACAAUCAAACGAGGCUAUGAUCAAGGAGUUUGAGGACCUGCCAUCCCCAUGGGGAGGCACUAUGGGCGAAUUCAUACGCCAGACACCCAAGGAUCUGAUUUCAAAAGUGUAUUUGGAGGAGAAGCUCUUUGAAACAUGGUACCAUUCACAGACAGUACUCAUCGGUGAUGCUUGUCAUAAGAUGCUACCAGGUGCCGGUCAAGGCGCUGUCAGCGCGAUGCAGGAUGCCGUAGUGCUAGCAAAUUGUAUCUACAACAUGGAAGAUGUUAGGUCUGAAAGUAUCACCGCAGCAUUCGAAGAGUUUUACAAGCAACGCUACGAUCGUGUUAACAUCCAAUUAAAGGGAAGCAACUCAUGGUCGAAGAUUCUUGCCGGUCAGGUAUUCUAACACAGCUAUGAAGAUUGCAUGUUUUAUGGUCCAGCAGUAAGAAGCAAGCAGGUGUGCAAAUCAGCAGUUCUCCUCAUCAACGUUUACUUUAUUGUUUUCUAGACAUGGGUCCAGCGACUUGUCAGGCAUAUCAUUCUCAAUUGGCUUCCAAACAGUGUUCAGAAAAAGGCCCUGAUGAAGGGAUCUGCAUACCGACCGCAAAUCGCAUGGCUGCCUUUGGCAAAGAGCCGAGG